AUGAUUGGCCGUGUUUUCUCUUGUCUGUUGCUCGUUGCCGUCUCCGCGAUGCCGUUAUGUCAAGGGGCCAGAAUCGUGAUCUCAGCAAAUCCGACAACCAUCUCUUCAGGAGUGACUCCCUCCUUCACAGUCCGUUGUGCUCUUGAGAAGGACAGGGACACAACCGAAACUGUGAGCCGUGUGUCCACCAUCAUCAUCAGGAAAGUUGAAGGCCCACUCCAGAGAGACGUGGCCAGAAUUACAUACGGACAACCACCCGUAACUGGGUCUUGGGCACUAGGCGCCACAGUGACAGGUGAGUUUCCUGACGGUUAUGGCUUCCUACAGGCCACCUGGUCAUCUCCUGGUCAUCUACAAGCUGGCGGUUACAACUGUGAAAUCGUGGCAGUAGAGAAAGACGGAACCAACAUCAAGUUUAAGUCUAACAUCCAAGUUGGCAGCACUGGGCAAAGUGUUGAUGACCUGGCCAAACAGAUUGCCCAAUGUAAAGAUGAAACUGAGGCUUUGAGAAAUACUGUUAAUGAUGUGAGAACUAACAGCGCUCAAUACCAAAGUCAGAUUGACACUUUGACGAGAUCAGUUCAAGAUUUGAAAACAAACAUUGCCCAAGUACGUCUACCACAUUACGAACAGGGUUCUGUUGUUUGUCGCAAUUCGGAUUCAUGGGGAGAAAUAAUGAAACUGAGAGAAUCAGUCAAGGAAGUUCGCUUCACCACUCCGUACGACAAGAUCCCACAACUGGACUUCUCCGUGAUCAAGCUGGACGUGUUGACCACCAAGAAUGUCCGGUACCAAAUUUCUAUCAAAGACCUGACUACCACGGGGUUUAAGAUUGUCUGUGGCACGUGGUUUGACACGGUGAUUUACGAUCUUGAAGUUCGCUGGAACAGCAACCUUGUAUAA